AGGUGGGAGCAGCCAUCUUAGAGAGAGCUGAGACUGAGGAACUAUGAGAGGAUCCUACUGUAUCCAGGGGUGGGAGCAUACUUCAGUGACCAGAACUAAGUGAAGCUGCUUGUGUCCGAGACCCUGAUCCUGUCCAGAGGAACGAGGAUUGCUUCCAGGAACAUGGAUGAGAGCUAAGGAGCAAAACAACAUAGACUGUGGGACCGCACGUUUGUUGGAGACGCAUUUGUUCUGUUCAGAGUCAUCAGCGGAUGCAGGGCAGACCCGGGGAUUCUACUGCAUCACGCACAUGGCAGAAUUUUCUGUGUGCAUCCAACAUGGAGCCCGACCACGCCUGCCACAUCAGCUAACACAGGAGUCCAAGCAAAUCUAAGAUAAGAUGAUGAGCACAGAACCCAACGGAACGAUGACAACGUUGGCUGAUAUCACAGAAACUCCAAAAAACGAAUGUCUCUAUUCUAUACUAACAUGGAAAAUAGAUGAGUGGGUCACUACCUACCAGCCCCCCUACAUGUGGUUCAUCUUCGUCUUGGGCUUUAUAGAAAACUUGUUUGUCAUCUCCGUUUUUGUCCUUCAUAAGAGUCGCUGCACAGUGACUGAGAUCUACCUGGGGAAUAUGGCGGCGGCCGAUCUGAUAUUCCUGAGCGGACUACCAUUUAUGGCUAUAUAUAUCUCCAACAAGUACCACUGGUCAUUUGGGGGCUUUAUGUGUGCAGCUGUCACCUACGUGUUUCGGCUUGACCUUUACAGCAGCAUCUACUUCCUUAUGAUGGUCAGUAUAGACAGAUAUCUGGCUCUGGUGAAGGCCACAUCCUUUAGUCGCCUGAGAAGACCUUGGUGGGCAAAGGUGAACUGUGGGAUCAUCUGGAUGUUUGCAACUGUGUUAAGCCUGCCCUAUGGGGUGUUCCGCAAGGUGGUGUUCAAGGAAGAAUUAAACACUACUGCCUGUUUUUUAGAAGCACCAAAAACAUGGUUUAUUGUCCUAAAUAUCAUCACCAAUAUUCUCGGCUUCUUAGUGCCUCUGGUUGUCACCGCCUUCUGUACAUUUAAAAUUAUUUGCUUUUUGAAGAACAACUCGAUGCAACAGUUUAAGAAAGCCAAGAAGGAGAGAAAAGCCACUCGGCUGGUCUUGUUUGUAUUCUUGCUCUUCAUAGUGUGUUGGCUCCCCUUCAAUAUCUACACAUUUCUUGACUUAUUACCAAGAUUCAAUGUCCAUUUUCCAUGUAUGGUGUCAUCCAUUUAUCGUAUGGUUUACCAUAUCUCUCUUUUCCUUGCCCUCGCUAACAGUUGUAUCAAUCCAAUCAUGUACAGUAUGAUUGGGAAUCGCUUUAGGCAAAAAACCAGAGAGGUCUACAGGAGGCUGCUAUGUAAAGGACCUGACAGAGGGAUGUCAUCAUUCCGAACAGAAGAAUCGGUCAAAUCAACACAGAUAUCUUUGUCCAUAAGAUCAUACAACAAAUCCAUUGCUUGAAUCUUGGAUUGACCUAUUGUUCUUGCCUGUGACAUUCCCAGUGUCAGGCCACCUUCUCACCCCGGCUCUCUCCAUAAGCACCAGUCUAGACUGGUAACAGUAACAUUAUCCCCCACACAGUAAAACAGAAAGAAUAUGCAAAGACAUACAUUGUUUUAAAACCCUUCACCAACUUGGAGCAGCACCCGAGCUACUUUAGGCUUCUCAUAAACUUAUGGACUGAAUAAUACUAAGACUGUUGAGACCCAUUUACCUAAUAACCAUUAUUAGUUAACCCCUCCCCUUACUCACUAACUAAAUAACAGGCAUAACAACCAUAUAACUUUUUGUGUGGGUGAAAGUCGGCCACAGCUUUUUUAUUUAUAAAUAACCAUAAAUAACCAUAAAUAACGUAUACAACAAGGCACCGAUGGCUUCUAGUCAUUCUGGGAGGUACUGUCACACCCGCCGGUGUACAGGUCUUCCCAGGUCUUCCUCUUCUUUUUUUCCGCCAGCUGUGACUUACAAACAUAAAAACAGAGAGGGAGGGAGGGACAAAUCUCUGGGUCUAAGGGACAGAGUGAGGUAAAAGGAGUAGGAGCCCAGAUAUAAAUAAGAGGGAGGGUAUAAGAAGCCUGGGAACUAAAGCAACCCCUUGAUAGGACAACUGCUCCCAGGGAGAUACCAACCGGUCACCAGGCAGAAUCAUAGGUGGGGAGGGGGCUAGCCCAUACAGCAGGGGGGAUUAUUAACGCUAAUGGCUUGUCCCAUCAUUUUAUUGGUUAGCAGCAAUAGCCCGAGAGCUGUGCUCCUCCCCACUAGCUCCAAAUACCACCGCACACUCAGUCCAUAAAAAAAAAAAAAAUUCAUGAUAGUAUAGUAUUAUAGUAAUAACUACCAGUAGGGAACACAUUACACUGCCCGUCCUGUCCGGCAAAUGUCCAGCAGAUGUUACUGCAUGUGUCCAUUCCAGCCCACAUCUCUGGGGAGGAUAAUGCUUUGUAAAAUUGCAUUGACUCCGGUUUGAUUCAUGUUCUUUAUGCCUUUGUAUCAUUAAUUUAUGUUCAUUAUGCCUAUAUACCAAUAAUGUGUUAUUAUUAGGACUGCAGUAAGAAGGACCUGCAGAGAAGUCAUGUGAUCAGCUGUGGCCAAUAGGGAUCUUCUGCCUGAAUUUAGUGACCUUUCUAGGCAUGAAGCAGUUCAGUGUAGAGGAGUGUGUGAGGAGAGAAGUAGUGUGGAGAUGUCAGUUAGUGGAGUGCUAUACAGAGUGAGGAGAGGAGUCGUGGAGUCAAGUCAAAGUUCUGCAAGUGAACAACAACACUACCUACAGAAGUUCCACCGUCCAGGAAAAGUGCAAGUCCUAAGUUGCGGGAAGAAUAAGUAAAAUUGCAGACAGUGGCCCAUUCAAGUCAGGAAUCAGAGUAGAAAGCCUCAGGCAGCUCCUGUCUAAAAAGUCUAAAGUCCAAGCCUGGUGGUAAGCUAAUUCCAUUGAUGUCAGUCAGUGUCAGUUGUCUCAAGUCUAAAAUGUAACAUCUAAAGUCUAAAGUCUCCAGUAAUUAAAGGGGCACUCUGGCCCUA